AUGGCUCAACGGCCAUGGCUGUCUGAAUUCAAAACCAUGGUUGAUGCCGGCCUACAGGCACUCGAUGAUGCAAAGUCCUCAAAUGAUCGAACCAAAGUCGCCCAAAGGUAUAUGGAGGCCUUCUUCAACCUGCGCAAGGAUACGAGCUCGGCAGACGAAGCCUUCGUCAAAAACAGCCUUUUGGAAGUGAAGAAGUUCCUAGACGGGACGUUAACGCUAUCCCCAACCCCACGCCUGUACUGCAAUGACAAAUGGCUCGAUAAGCUAUCGCGCUGGGAUGUGGCAUACGAGGGUGACAGCUCAAAAGAGCUGUGGGAAAACAGCAAUCCUAUGGCAAUCGCGGAGGUCUCAGCAUACAAAAACAGGAUUUUUCUUAUAGACGAAGAUGGCGACAGACACGAGCUUGAGCCCUAUUGGUCUGAGGACUUGGACCAGUACCUCUUCGACGAUGACUACAAGGGUAAAACUUACUGUUCUUCCCAAAGCAACCUCGGAGCCACACAGGAGCAAACUACACCAAAGACAAUCACAAUCUGCCCUAAAGGCUUCACAAAUCCCAACGCACCUGUCGCUCUUGGGGACAAAGAACCAAAAGGCUUGGAAAUUGCUUCAAUUCUGCCUCGAAGUGCAACUUUAUAUCACGAGCUGUUUCAUCUCGUACUCGGCAACAAAAACACACCGGAUGUGACUUUUUGGAGACGACUGGGUGAACAACAAGAAAUGCAAGAAUCACCCGACACAGUGGACAAGCCUCGAACAGAGAGCCGGGCACAGCGCAUCCGUCGUAACCCAGAAACCUAUACCUGGUUCAGCGUGGGCUAUUGGUACUUUUUGCAGACCAAAUGGACCACAAAAGCCAAUCAGCGAUGGACCUUUGACACGGGCGUCGCCAAGUUGGUUUCAAUUCCCUGA